AUGUUCACAAUGGUUGAAGCUGUAGGACAAAAGAUUGCAUGGCCUGCCUCAAAGUGUGUUGAUCUAGAACCAGUGACAGAAGCAGUCGACAUUACACCACUGAGCCAAAGAGCGACCUCAAUAAACAAAUGCAAACUACUUGAUUUGUCUUCAGAUGAUGUUGUUGUUGCUGAAGGACGCUGGCAGACAGAAGAACCAAAAGCAUUGGUUAAUGGUUUACCUCUUGGGCCAAAAGCUGUUAAAGUGUUCAUUGAUCAAGUGCAUCAGCCUGAGACAUUUAUAUGGAGGCCUACGAUAGAAACAACAUACCUUGAGGACUGUCUACUGUCUUUUGUAGCAUGGCCUGCCUGCAAAGUUGUCUUCGAGAACAGAGGAGAGGUUGGAACAGGGCAUAAAUUUCCGUUUGACAACUCUGUUUCAACUGAUCAAGCUUUGGGAGGUAAAUCAGUGGGCACUGAUUCACGUUCUAUGGAGAAGUCAUUUAGAUCUGAUGCAACUGGUUCAAAGUCAGCGGCCAGAGUUUCAAAAACAGCUAGUCAGAAAUCUGCAGAAACAAAUCCGGGAGCAGAGGUUAUCAAAGAAAAUCAGAAGUGCAAGCUGAUGGAUAUUGGUGGAAGGAAGCUGGUUGUUGCUGAAGGUCGUGUGCAUUCGAUCAACCCAGAUCAAAUGGUACACUUUGUUAGAUUGGGGUCUGAUGCAGCAAGAGUUUGGGUGGACAUAGUCAAUGUCGAAGAUGCACCGGUUUGGAAGCCAUCAGAUAAAAUAGAAAUAUGA